GAUAAAAGCAACUGGCUCAUCCCAGGAUGUGUGUUGGUUGGCGGCUGGCCUUUUCGGCUACCCAAAGGUCGAGGCUCACCAGGAGAAUCCGCAGAGGAAGGUGUGGCAAAGCUCCACAGCAUCCUCCACGCUGGAACCAAUACGUUCAUCUCGCUCACCGAGGAAGCCGAGAUUCGCGGCAAGCCCUACUGUUUCAACAGCUUCCAGAAAGCCGCUGAAGUUCAGUAUCGUGAGCUGCAUGGCCCGCAACGGCAGGCAAAGCGAGCGGGCCUGGAGCUUCGCUUCCUGACUUGUCCCAUGGUUGAUGGGGGCACCUGCGAGGACCAGAAGCUAUUGCACUUGCUUCAGUGCUUGCUGGUAGAACUGAGAGCUGCCCGGGCCGUCUACAUUCAUUGCUAUGGCGGUCAUGGCCGUACUGGAAUUGUGGCUUGCUCUUUGGUAUGCUUGCUGUGGCAGAUUUCUCCCAUGGAAGCCGUAGAUAUCUUCAACAGCUUGCAUUCCUACCGGGUUGAGUGCGGUGUUGGAGGUCCAGGUCAGUUUCCUCAUAGCGACGCACAACUGCGACAGGUAAAGCGAGUGGCUUCUUGGCGUGCUCGGUUUGAAGCACAACUACCAGCUGUCCACCAGCUCCUCCCGCUGACCUCCAUGCUCGCU